AAAGAUUGCGGCAGCACGAUUUUAGACAAAGAGCGGUUUGUACUGGAUCGGAAGAACUGCAGUAAAACUUCCCACACUUUCCAGCUCGUGCACAGCGCGUACACCCACGCGCGCACGCUCCGAUCGACAAAUUAACGAAAAUGGAGUUCUCGCCGAGGUUCCGGCGACCGCGGAAGCCUCCGCCGCCGAAGAAUUCCGACUUAUAUUCCACAGUCGUAAUUCACGACAAGGACGACGCCGCAUCGAGAGAACCGGAACCGAGCUCCUCUGACAUAUACUCCACGAUGGUGUACAAGGACGACGAACUCGAAGACGAGGAGGAAUCGCUCCCUCCUCUAUUGAAGCGCGUCCCCAAGGACUUCGGCGGCGGCGGAGACGACGACGUUUCAGAAUCCGACGACGAUUCGCCCGCCGCUGGGUCAAUCUCCGGAACGAUGAUUGUGAAACCUGAUCGGAGGAGAUCGAAUUACCCGGACAGGAACGCCAAUGUCAAUUCGCCGUAUGCGAAGCCGCGGAGCACAUCCGCGGCUCCGUUUUGGGAUCGGAGAAGCCCUAGCAGCAAAAUUGGGAAUGAGGAGGAGAAUGCUGCUGGGGACUUCUCCACUUUUGUGGUGAGGAAUAGAGGGGAUGAUGAUGAAAAGGAGGAGGAGGAAGAUGACGAGGAGGGGGGAAUGGGGACGAUGGUGAGGAGAGGAGGUGGUGGUGGAGGUGGAGGUGGAGGUGGUGGGGGGACUAUGAGGAGGGCCGUGGAGAGUAUGCAGAAGGUGGGCGGCGUUGGUGGGAUGGGGUAUGGGAGGCAGAGGAAAAACAGUGGCGGCGGUGAAGGGAGUGGUGGGAGUGGGAUUGCGCAAUUUAGGCAGCAGGGAAGUGGGAAAGUAUCGUCGAGCUCGAUACCGGAAUGUAUUAUCAGAGAGGAUCCUUUGACCAAGUAUGAGUUGCUCCAUGAGCUCGGAAAGGGUUCAUAUGGGUCAGUCUACAAAGCUCGCGAUAUACGGACUUCAGAACUAGUUGCUAUCAAAGUAAUAUCGUUGUCUGAAGGGGAGGAAGGUUAUGAAGAAAUUCGUGGUGAAAUCGAGAUGUUGCAGCAGUGCAGUCAUCCUAAUGUUGUUCGCUAUCUUGGGAGCUACCAAGGAGAAGAAUAUCUUUGGAUAGUAAUGGAGUACUGUGGGGGUGGAAGUGUUGCUGACUUGAUGAAUGUUACUGACGAGGCUCUUGAGGAGCAUCAAAUAGCAUAUAUUUGCAGAGAAGCUUUGAAGGGUCUGUCAUAUCUGCAUUCAAUUUUUAAAGUACACAGAGAUAUCAAAGGUGGUAAUGUGUUGUUGACUGAGCAGGGAGAGGUCAAGUUGGGUGAUUUUGGAGUUGCUGCACAGUUAACAAGAACUAUGUCCAAGCGUAACACGUUCAUCGGUACACCACACUGGAUGGCUCCUGAAGUUAUUCAAGAAAGUCGUUAUGAUGGAAAGGUAGAUGUGUGGGCUCUUGGAGUGUCUGCAAUUGAAAUGGCAGAGGGACUUCCUCCAAGAGCAACCGUUCAUCCUAUGAGAGUGUUGUUUAUGAUUAACAUUGAACCUGCUCCGAUGCUUGAGGAUAAAGAGAAAUGGUCACUUUUGUUCCACGACUUCGUUGCUAAAUGCUUGACAAAGGACCCACGACUUCGGCCUACAGCAGCUGAAAUGUUGAAGCACAAAUUCAUUGAAAAAUGUAGAAGUGGAGCAUCAAUGAUGCUGCCAAAGAUUGAGAAGGCGAAAAUUAUCAGGGCAACAAUGGCGGUGGAAGCAGAGGACGUUUCAUCAGACGCAACACUGCCAAGAGAAGGGGGAGGUGCAACAUCAAAUGAAGCCAUUGCCAGUACUGUUCCAUCCAGACCUCAGGAUGGUCAGCGUAGUACCACUGGAACAGUUGCUGUUAGCAUAAAGGAAAAACUGGACACAGCUGAUGUUGUACAAACAGCAGUAGCAGGUGAUUUUGGAACAGUAGUAAUCCAUGAGAGAGUCGAGAUUAGUAAAACAGCUACUCUGCUAGCAUCUACAAGAGUAGAAGAAUCCUCUCCUGCUACUGGACAUGAUGCAAAAAGACCUUUUAUCAGUGGGCUUGGGGAUAAAGCAAUCGACUCUUGGACGGAUAGCCCUUCUGUUUCUGGAUUGCAAUCACCCGAGCAGAAUAUCAAGGCAAAUAGCAUUCCCCAAGUGACUUUUGGAUCAAAAGAUUCUUUAGUUACUAGUGAGACCGUCAGUAGAAAAGCACUAGAUAAGCUCUGGUCUAUAUACACCGCUGGUAAUACAGUGCCGAUUCCAUUUUUAAGGGCAACUGACAUUUCCCCGAUUGCGCUCUUGUCCGACAAUGUGCUCGGUGGGUGGCAGCACGAUAAUGGUGGAAACAUAGCUGUAGAAGCAAUUCAGGAGCUCUUCUCCGGUGAUGCUCAGCCUAAGAAGGGUAGAAGCAGACAAAAUGAGGUACCUCUUCCUCAAAGCGUAUGUCAGAGGCUUACAUCAAGUCCAACUCUGAUGAAUCUUGCUCAGGCAUUAGCAUACCACAAAAUGUGUUACGAAGAGAUGCCACUUCAAGAAAUGCAAGCAACGCAGGAACAACAAACCAUUCAAAACCUUUCCGAUACCCUUCGGACUAUUCUACGUUUGUAGUUAUUUUUCAGCCACUAAAAUUGAUGUAUGUAAUGAUUUUUCUCAACCAUUUUGGGAUUAAUAGAUUUCUUAUAUAUAUUAUCUAACAGUGAUUUAUUUUUUAAAUAAACUGGAAAUUGUCGAUUGCAUUAUACUUGCUG